AUGAGGAACAGAGAGGAGGAAGUCUUGGCAAAUAUUGCAGCUCGGAGGAGAGGAGCAAAAGGGAGAGGACUUGCCAGGCAGCUAGCUGAGCAAACUCUAAACCUAACUGCCACCCAGGCUGAUUUUGCUGGAGCAAGUCAGAUGAUGACUCAGCUCCUUCAGAUGCAGCAGGAGAUGCAACAACAGAUGCAGCAGCAGAUACAGCAGCAGAUGCAGAUGCAGCAGCAGAUGCAAAUGCAGAUGCAGCAGCAGGUGCAGCAGCAGGUGCAGACCACUGCCCGACCUGCACAGUCCAUUGAGUCCUACUAUGAGCAAUUCCGUAGGCUCAACCCACCUAUGUUUGAUGGUGGAGCUGACCCUCUGGUUGCUGAGACCUGGAUUCGGGAGGUAGAGAAGAUGUUCAAAGCCUUGCAAUAUCCCGAAGAAGUGAAUGUCAGAUUGACUAUCCCUAUGCUGAAAGGGAAUGCAGAGUUCUGGUGGACGGCCAUUGAAGCUGCACUCGAGGGUGAGGAUGAGCUACCGACAUGGGAAGAAUUCAAGAAGAUGUUUUAUGACCACUACGGAGAGGCCCUGGAGAGAGCACUGAAGGUAGAAGCAGAUCUGAAGAAAUCAGGGAAGGAAAGAGGUGAGCAGAAAAGGGCCGAGUCGUCAAGGAAUCCGAUGAACCGACCAAGAAACUUUGAGGGCCCUCCUAACAAGAAGAAGAAAUUUAAGGCUUGUUAUUACUGUGACAAAAUGCAUUCUAGUCCUUGCUUGAAGAGGAUGGGAGCCUGUUUUAUAUGUGGGCAGCCAGGACACAUAGCCAGAGAUUGCCCGAACAAAAAGAAGGUUGAAUCUGGACCUUCUAGACCAACUGAUCAGAUGCAGAGAGGAGCUGCACGGGUGUACGCACUGACACGACAGGAUGCUAGUGCCAGUGACAGAGUUGUGGCAGGUAUGAUUUCCAUCAACUCUGUUGAUGCUUCAGUACUAUUUGAUUCUAGCGCUACACAUUCCUUUAUAUCCUCCAAGUUCUCUGCAUCCUUGCAUCUUAUGCCUGAUAAGUUAGAUGAGCCUUUACUUGUUGCUACCUCUCUCAAGAAGACAGUAGUGGUGGAAUCUGUUUAUAAAAACUACAUAAUUCAGAUAGAGGAUAGAAAAUUAUUGGCUGACUUAGUACUGUUAGACAUGUAUGAUUUUGAUGUCAUCCUUGGUAUGAAUUGGCUGUCUGAAUAUCAUGCUCACAUUGAUUGCUUUAGCAAGAGGAUAGUGUUUUAG